UGUUGCAUUGUGGGUUAUGUAGUCCGGAGCUCAACGACGCGAAGACCCUAAGCUUCAGGAUGCCGGAGGACCGGUGCUCCUUAAUGGGUCCGGAAUGCAAGAUCCCUGUAGUUGCCGGACAUCUGAAUUAAAUCCAGAAAAUGCUGGGAGUACUUAGCACGUCGAGCAACGUCUGCAGACAGAGAAGCCAAGGUAAAGCAACUCACCACUUCAAAAUGUUCCUAUCUCUGGCUCUUUUGAAGAGGUAGAUUUUGAAUCAAAAUAAGAAGAAAAACUUAAAUUAAAACAAAAGGAUUCAAACUGUGACCAACUUAAUUAACCUCAGGAAAAUUGAAGUAAAAAAAAGGCCACAAAAAGAUACUUUGUGAAGCAAAGAAGAUUGUUAUGAAUGGCAGAAGCAAGCAUCCGUAACCCCUCCUCUUCAAUUGGUGCCGGAAGCAGAGUCUUUGAAUAUUUUUAAGGCAUAGUUACCAUGGAUGAUUCCUCUUGUUAUGAGGAAGUUGACAAAUCCACAUCACCCAGCAAAAUGGAGCAAAAGCAAAUAAAAGCGAUUGAAGAACUGGUUACAACAGAAAAGCGCUACCUUACUUCACUACAAUUGUGUGCAACAGAUAUUCGGAACCAUUUGCAAUCCAAACAGGUGCCAGAUCUAGAUUUGGAAGGCUUGUUUGGAAAUAUUGAUGAUGUAAUACUUGUAUCCUCCAAUCUGCUCAAACAUCUGGAAGAAACAGCUACUGGAAAAUCUGACCAACUUCUCCUGAUAAGUAACGUGUUCCUCACCUUCAAACAAGAACUGGAAGAUGCAUACAAACUGUAUUGUGUCAACUAUGACAAUAUCCUGCUACUUGAAUCUAUUUAUAAGAAGAAUGAAAAUAUUUGGAAGGAAGUUAUAGAAUCUCUAACAGCAGUAAGGUCAGACACUGGUGCCAUGACAUUGACUUUCUACUUGGUGAUGCCAGUCCAGAGGAUACUCAAAUAUCAGCUGCUUUUAGAAACUAUACUGAAAAAUACACCACAAUCUGAUGAAGGUUAUGCUGCACUAGAGAAAGCAAUCAGGGCUAUGCAAGAAGUUAAUAUUAAUAUCAAUGAAUACAAGGGACUACGAGAAGUUGCAAACAAAUAUAUCAGAGCAGAAAAUCUUUCAAUAAAGGAUUCAAUAUGCAGAAUAAACACGCAUUCCAUUGCAAAGAAGGCAUCCAGACUCAGUCAAGUUAUUAAACAUGAAACUGGAAUUCUUCCAAAAACUAAAGACAAAGAUUAUGAUGAUUUGGUGAUGCUUUUCAACAUAAUAGAAAAAGAUGUUACAACACUGAAGAAGAACACAGGAAAUUACAUAACAAAUGUGGAGCAUUUUCAACAUUUAAACCCAUGCCAAGACUUCUCUGAUUUGGUGGAUGAACAUGUUGCUGCCUGCUAUCGGGGGUUUAUCGAAAAACUGUACCAACAAGUAAUUCCUCAAUUUAAGAGAAGAUUGGAAUCCAUCAUUUAUGAACCACUCUGUGUCCUCACAAGCAUGUUCAGUGGGCCACAACAGCUGGUUAGAAAACACAAAGAUAAAAUGUUAGACUAUGAAAAAAUUCAGGAGAAAAUAAAGCAAGAAGGUGGUGCAUCUUAUGAUGAGAAGACUGUUGAGAAGACAUAUGAAACACUCCAUUCUUUAUUACUCUCAGAGUUGCCAAGAUUUAACAGAAUUGUGCUACAGCUACAAGCUCAGAUUCUACAAGCAAUUAUCUAUGUCCAUCAUGACUUAGCCAACAACAUCCUUGAAUUAAUCAGUCAGCAUCUGCAUGAGUUUCUACCUAGCCACAAAGUCAACUUUUGGCAACAAACAGAAGAAACAUUGCAGAAAUCAGAUGUAAAACUGGAAGAGUUCUGCCAAGUAUUUGAAUCAAUCAUGGAACAAAUUAUUGAACAGCCUUUUAAUCAAGAAAAAUUGGACAUGCUUUUGAAAAAAUACGACCCCAGCAAAAUAUACCUAGUUACCAAUGAUAUUUCUGGAAGCAAAGAUCUUGACCUGACACUUCAAAGGGGUGAUUUAGUGGCAGUUCUUCAAUAUGCAGAUACUAAAGGAAAGACAAACAGAUGGCUUGUGGAUUCAGGAGGUCAGAGAGGAUUUGUACCUGCUGGAAAACUGAGUCUGUAUCAACCUGAGAAAGAACCCGCUGGAAAUAAAGAGUUGCUUAGUUCGUCACUUGCUGAUGUUGGCGAUGGAACAAAUUCCAGAAGAAGGUCUUGUCCUUUGCCUGAAAGACCUCUCUCCCUACAGCCAAUGCCAAUGCAGUAUCAAGUUAUUGCAGCAUACCACUUUGCAGCAAGAGGACCCCAUGAAGCCACUUUACAGCCUGGAGAGGCAGUAACUAUACUGGAAGCUCAUGAUAAGAGAGGAAGUACAGAAUGGUACCUUGUUGAAGUAAAUGGACAAAGGGGAUAUGUACCUUCAAAUUAUUUGAUGGAAGUGCCUUUGACUGGAGUGAGGAACUCAUUUGCACUAUAAUACUUACUAUGAGCAACCUAUUAUUUGAGAAAGCUUUAAAUGCACUAAAUUUGUUGUAGCAAGGAGUCAUGAAAAAUUGUGAAUCACUACAUUUAAUGUACCAUAUGUAUAACAAUAUGAGAAUAUUUUAGGUGGUAAAUAAUUCUAUAAUAGGUAUUUUAAGUCUAUUGGUAUAUUAUUUUAAAUUAAUAUAGUUUUCUUGUUUUGAGAAAUAUAAUUACAAAUAAUUAUCAGAGUAGUUGUAUGUUUUUUUAUGAAUUUUCAGUCAGUAUUCAAAUUUGAAUGCAUGUCCCAUAGGUUUAUGUUAGUGUUUAAAUAUGGCAUUUUGAACUGUAAAAUGUGAAAUGCUCAAUUUGACUAAUGCACUUUUUUUUAAACUUAUGUCCAGAAUUAAUAAAGAAAAGUCUGGGCAGGUUUGAUUAUGACCAUACAAAUGCUUACUGUUCAGUUUCAAAUGAGUCAUUCUGCAUUUGUUAAUUUUCUGCAGGGUAUGUAACAAAACAUAGGUGGAUAGCUCCCAAAGUCUCCAGAGCUAAUUUCUUGAAUAGUUCACAUGAAGAAAUUAUACCUAGAAAACUGAAGUGCCAAACUUGUUAAAAUAAUUUGGUGGAAGCUUUGCAUUUUAAACUAAAUUGUGUUAUUAGUGGCCAGGGUAGGCUUUAUGCCGUCAUUACUUAAGGUUUUAAGUGCUCCAUUUCUAAACACUGGCAUCUUGGAAUUUGAUGGACAAAAGAAAUAUUUUUAGAAGGACAAUACUCAAUUGAAAUAUAUUUAUGAUCAAUUUGAAGUUUUUACUGCAUAUAUCUUCAUGCCUGCAUUUGAUUAGGUUUGGAAAUUAACUGUAUAAAGGAUAUAAUGUAGAACACACCUGUACUGGUUAAAAUGUUGGGGUGAGGGAGGAACUGAAUGCUGUUGGAAUUGAAUGAUUAAUGAAAAGCAAAAUUCUGCAGAUGCUGGAAAUCUAAAAUGAAAAUGAAGGAGGCCAGACAGCAUCAGUGGAGAGAGACACAGAACUGAUGCUGCAGGUACCUGGUUUUCAAGCUGAAAUGUUAAUUCAGUAUCUAUCUCCACAGAUGUCUCCUGAUCUGCUGAGAAUCUCCGUUUUCUGUUUUCGUCACAAUUGAAAACUCCGUUUUAGUAAUAUCCAAAAAAUUAACUAAUAUUUAUGGUAAAUUAACCCAUUCAAUGUUAUACACUUUCCUUGGGAAAAUUUUCCACUAAUGGCCAAUCAAUUUGCAAUAACCUUUUUUAAGAAAUAAGCUAAUUCUGAACAGUAUAUUAGUUUGUCAUUAGCUCACUUUUGAGCUUAAUUAAACUAAAUAUUCCUACAAUCUGCUUCACCAACUUUGACUUCAUCUCCCUCAAAGAUUUCCAAUCUUUUAUUUUAAGUAUCUAAUGCCCAUUUUACUUUAUUCCUUCUUUGCUUUAAAUAUAUUUAUGAUAAAUGUGGCUGUUUGUUAUGUUACCAUAGCUUGUCACUGAAAAAUGCUAUUAUUUAUCUUUGUGUUCAAGUUAUAGAUUUUACUACUGUAUUGACCUAUUCAAUAUAAAAAUGUUUAUGAACAAUAUUUAUAUUUGUACUAUCCUUUUCAUUUGAAGUGUAGAUCAGUAGUAAUUGAUUUCCAGAAUUUGCAGUGAAAACAGUGAGACCAUUAGUGCACAUUUUUAUAAUUGAAGAAACCUGACAGCAGGUUCUGGAAUAUACACAUGAACAGCCAAACACAUGCUGUGAAUUUCAAGCUUCUUAUCAAUUGCACUUGUUCUAUCUUCUAUAUAAUUGGUGAUUUGACAAGAAUUUCAAUAAUCAACAACAUUAAAAGAGUGAAAAUAUCAUGCCUUAUUCAAUGA